CACCCAGACCAGCAGUCCUGAGGGGUAGAAGGCAUCUCUGUUGGUUGGAGAUGGUGGUUUGAAAAUGAAUAUACUAGAUGACCUUGAGUCCCUCAAGUUUGAGGAAGGGGUUCCAGAGGAAGAGCGUUACUGGCUGUAUUUGCAGGGACGUUAUCGGGGACUGAUGAUCAAAGGCUGUGCCCAUGCCGUCUUCUUUUGCAAACUCUUCAGUACUUUGAGAGAACUAUUACAUCAGUGUCGUCGAAAAAUACAGCCUCGGGCUGUAUCAUUUGACGCCGCUGCUGCUGAGGAUGAGAAGUUAAAGGUGGGCAUCAUUGGAUGUGGCCACCUUGGGAAGCAGCUGGCUAACGUACUGCUGAGACUUGUGCCCAUCCCUGCUGAGAACCUGCAGAUCUCCACUCGGAGGCCAGAGUCCCUGGUUGAGCUCCAGAAACUAGGAGUUCGGUGCUUCUACGACAAUGCUACUUUGGCGGGCUGGGCCAAAGUGUUGUUUCUCUGCUGCUUGCCAGCUCAGCUGCCUAAUAUCUGCUUAGAAAUCCAAACCAAACUUGAGAAGACCUGCACCGUGUACAGCUUUGUGUCCGCCAUCCCGCUACCCAGGUUGAAACUUCUACUGAACCACACCAAUAUCUUGCGGCCCCAAUAUCAGUUUUCUGAGGAUUUUGACAACAUUUGGGGAGAGAAUAAGGACAUCACAACUGCUCUCCAAGACCCAGUGGUUCUUCAGGGUACCUGCCCCUACAGUAGUGUCGGGGGAGUAAUCCUCAAUAUCAAAUGGCUGGAGGGGGUGUUUUAUGCAGCCAUCAAUGUCUGCACAUCGAAGAACGUGUUUCACUCACAAGUGCUGCGGAUCCUGAACAAACUCUUUCUCUCUGUGCACUUGGAGAGCUGUGAGAAAGACAAAGAAUCUUGUCCCAAGUUUCAGCUAUCAGACAUCAUGAACAGAAACUACGUCAGGAACUUGUUUCAAAACAGGCCUUUCCCCUGGUUUGAUCUGACUACUGUGCAACUCAAGGAGACGCCCUUCAGCCAGCAUCUCUCAAAAACUCCCAUCCUCCAGGAACACCUUACUCUUCUAUACCGUAAAUCAUUUGGCAUCUUGCUAGUCAACGAAGAACCACCACAGGCUGCCACAGGUUCUCCACCCCAAGGGAUUGGAACUGACAGAAAGCCAUGCACUGUGCCUGAGAACUGUACUAAUGAAUGA